AUGGAAAAUCCCCGGACCCUUCUGGCAAGACGGCUUCCCACUCUGACACAACUUGGGGGAACCACUGAGCCCUCGGUUUCGCGUGAAAGACUGUGUGCAAGUUAUAUGUGUGUCUGGCCCGAUUUCCAACCACAAGCACUGGAAGCUUGCAGCUCCAUAAAUUUCACCGGGGACGUCAGCGUUACAGAUUCACCCGGGGGUGAUUUACACUUUGUCGGUAGUGAGCUAGGGCUGACUACUCGGUUUUCGCGACACUUUGGAGACAUGCAGGCGAUUUGUCAGAACCCCUUGAGUAUCCCUGAUGUCACCUUGGCCAUCCUUGGGUCUAACCCAGCUAGGCUCAUUGCAGCCGGGGAACUCAAGACAUGGUGGACCGUCGACCUUGAGGAGAUAACCGUGACGUCUGAUUUGGACGUGCGGAGAUACCUUGAACCUUUUAUCGGCCAAGCUGUCGCUUCCAUGAGGAGAUUCAAACUGCGUUACUCUUUUCUCUCCACAUACAAGUCCGCAGUUUUCAUGAAGAGAGAAGAUGAUUUCUGCUUCCGUUUGUCGAUGCCCAUAAGCGAAGACGCCACCAAUCCCUCUCUGAGAGAAUGCUUCGCUGGGUUUGCAGCCCCCGUCUACGAGGAAAAUACAAGAAUUGAUACAAGACUUAGAAAACAGCUCCACUCGUCGCGACAGCCCGGUUUUGUCUCUUCCCCUCGAGCAUCUGCGUACCGCAGUAGGCUAAGCGACUCUACAGACUCGCCCAUCCCUCCCAUUACAACAGAGUCCAUGCUCAUUGGCUCCGACGGGGUUGCAAGCCAUAUUGUGAAUUGCGUUGAGCUCCUGUCAUCCCCUCGGUUGGAACAUCAGAAGGCAGUGUUUGAGGUGGAGUCUGGUGGCGUCCGCUAUAUCGCGAAAUGCUGGUCCCACGAUCGCCGUGAAAGCGCUUCUAAUGAAUUCGAAGUGUACGAAAGUCUACACGAGCUUCGACCAAGUGGCUUCGAAUAUUUCACCCGCCUUGUGUUCUCCGGUGACAUAAUCUGCUCGGCAAAGUUCCCCGAAGGCAAGAUCCUUCUUCUGGAGAAGGUUCCAGCAGAACAACUAUUUGGUAUCUGGAACAGUCUGUCGUUUGCUGAGAAGGCCCAUGUGUUCAGUGAGUGCAGUAGUGCCAUUCGGAAUCUCCGGUCAAUCUCCAUUCGGCUGUUAGAUUCCGGAAGGCACAAUAUCCUCUACGACCGCAUAAGUGGGAAGGUGACCCUUGUGGACUUCGAGGCGAUUGACGACCUUGGUGGAGUGCGAGUGACGUCCCUCAACCCUGAGCUAGUUUCAAUCUUUGGCGUCACUGGCAUGUCCCAGUCCAUCCAUGACGGAUGA